CACACACACACACACACACACACACACACACACAGAGGGAGCUAGAUAACUCUGUGAUUCCACUGCUGAAUUUUUAACGCUGUUGUGGAACUUUUUUUUUUCCAGGCGGGUUACUGUGGCACCAGGGUACUGUUACACCGCCAGAGACCCAGAGACCGCGCUCAGUUCUGUUACUGAGGCCGGACCAACACAGGACUGUGGAUGGGGUACGGUCUGUCCUGCCCUGAUGCCGUUACCGUAGCAGCAUGACCCUCAACGCACAGAGAGAGAAGGCGCCCUUGCGGCGGCGAGGCAGCACGCCGAUUCCCCCCGCCCACUUCUACCGGCAACCGUCCUGGACUCGGGACUUCCAGGACCACCGGCUCCCCGGCAGCACCCAGCCGGACCCCGAGCAGCCGCGCAGCCACCCUCCACUGGGGCAGUCGGCGUCCUACCACCCCGGAGACAAGUCCCUCCACUACCGCGCCGAGUGGAGCUCGGACUCGGACGACGACUCGCAGAGCGACUCGGACUGUGUUUACAGAGUGGUGUUGCUAGGCGACCACGGCGUGGGAAAGACCAGCCUCGCGGGAAUCUUUGCCGGGAUCACGGAGAAAGAGGAACAGCCCGGAGAGGACACAUACGAGCGAACACUGACGGUGGAUGGAGAGGAAUCCACACUCAUCGUCAUGGAUACCUGGGAGAACGACAAACUGGAGGAGGAGGAGGAGGACGACUCCUCUCAGGACGACUGUCUGAAGGUCGGGAGCGCUUACGUCAUCGUCUACUCCGUCACCGACCGCGACAGCUUCGACGCCGCCGCCGAGCUCCGUAUCACGCUGCGACGCACCCGCCAGGCCGAGAACCUCCCCAUCAUACUCGUGGGCAACAAGAGCGACCUGGUGCGGUCCAGAGAAGUCGCUGUGGAAGAGGGCCGAGCGUGCGCGGUGGUGUUUGACUGUAAGUUCAUCGAGACGUCGGCGUCUUUGCAGCACAACGUGACCGAGCUGUUCGAGGGCGUGAUCCGGCAGAUCCGCCUCCGGCGAGACGACGCCGAGGCCGUCCGGCGCCGAGGCUCCGCCUACAAGCGCAAGGAGAGCCUCACCCAGAAGGCCCGGCGCUUCCUGGACCGACUGGUGGCGCGCAACAACCAGCGCAUGGCGGUCAAAGUGCGCUCCAAGAGCUGCCACGACCUGGCCGUCCUCUGAAGACCGGCUGAAGCCUUUGGUUGUGAUGCCGUGGACGAUGGCGUCCGCGGGUUAUUCUCUCGUUCAGAGAAGUCGACGACAAAAAAGGAUCGGCGGCGAACGGAGUCAGCGGACUGUUGCGCACGCCGCUUCCUGUUUGGUCUGAAAGUCUUUGUGACCUUUUUUUAUUCGGAUGACUUAAAGAACCGGACUGUGAAGGAUCGUCACUGAUUGGUUAAAGGGUGUGUGUGAGUGUGUGUGUGUGUGUGUGUGUGAGAGAACAGGUGAUGUCCUGUAGUUUCCACUGUGUCCACUGUGCUGUUCUUCU